AUGUCAAAACGGUCUACACCAGCCACGUUUAGGAGCAUGAAGAGCGCGUCCGUUAAGAGCGCUUCCAUGAAGAGCGUUUCAGUAAAGACUCCGGCCAAACGGUCGAAAUUGCCAGUCCGAGCUCCGAGAUCUCUGAUUCCUGUCAGGAUUAAUGGGGCAAUAUACUGUAAGCAUCACCCUAAUCACGAGGUGACACUUGUCUGUGAGGAUUGUGAAGGAAUACUUGUUUGUGUCGACUGCGUAACGUCGACACAUCAACGUCAUGGAUUGGUCAAGCUCAUUGAUGUUGCUCCUCUCAAAAGAGAAAACAUACGUACAUUCAUGGAUAAGGCCGAAAGAACGGCCAUUCCGAAGGUACGAAAACAGGUAGAGUUCGCUAACGAGAAACUGGCUGAGAAUAAAACGAUGUACAAAGAACUCGUUGUAAAAAUUCGUCAACAGGGACAGACACUCAAAGAAGAAAUUGACCGAAUCACCGAAAAAUUCGUAACGCAAUGCGAGGAGGUCGGAAAGGAAAACGAAGAAAAGAUGCUGAAGUACCGGAAACAGUUACAUACCUUAUACGCGGAACUGAACUUAUCUGUACACGAGUGCCGUAAGACUUUAGAGGCGGGAACCCCUACCCAAGUUUACGCAGUGGAAAAAAAGGUGAGCACUGCUCUAAAACUACCGACAGCACCAACUAUUCGACCGACUUUUUUCAAUGCCGGGUCGCUCUCACUCGAUCAGAUAGAACAGAGCUUUGGUGGACUUACAAUGCCGGAUGAACAGACGGAAGUUGACCAACAGACCGCUAUGGGACACCCUGCCACGAAACUAAUGCAGGACUAUGUUGAUGACUCUGCUUCAGGUAUAUUUGACGGGAGCGAUUCUGGUCUGCUGAACAUGCCUCACCACGGGAACAGGACGGUGUACUGUUUGUCCGAGUUCGAACACAUGACCGACAUCCACUCUCUGCAUUCUGUGUCCAACACUCCAUAUACUUGGAUCCUUGACAUAUUCACGUAUGACAUCCUCCUCGUAAACAAGAAAGGCAAAGUUAAGGACAAGCGCGAACUCAAGGUUAUUCCAGACGACCUCUGCCUGUCGCCAGUCACAGGUAAUAUGUGGGUGUCAACCGAAGACGAUUACAAGAUUAGGGAGGCAGGACCAUCUGAGAAGACACCGCGGGUAAGGUUCCACUCGACUGACCUGCCGCUCUCUAUUUGUAUCACUCGUGACAACAAGGUGAUGGUCGGUACACACAAAACGGUGACGGUUUACACACCAGAAGGCGAGGUAGUUCAGCGCACCACUACAGACCGCACGAAGCGACAGAUGGUCACUUUUCCGCGCCACAUCGCUCAGUGUCCGAUGUCUGGGAACAUUGCAGUAGCUGAUGGUGACGAUCCGGAAUGGGGUGGUGAUGACAAACCUCAUGUCAUGGUUAUGGACUCCAACCUCCUCCUCCAGUUCCGAUACAGAGGCAACAAGAGCGAUUCGGCUGGCAAGAAGAAAUCUGGACCGUUCUUUGAUCCAUAUGAUAUGUGUUUCGAUGCCAGCGGGAAUCUGAUCGUGGCGGAUAGGAACAACCGAUCCUUGUUAUUGGUGAAUAGGGAAGGACGCUAUCUCAGUACACUCCAUGUUGACCAGGCUAGGCCUGUGGCUGUCAGCCUCCAAAACGAAAACAUCCUUUGGGUCGGCUUUGACCGCGGGAAAGUCAAGGUCUUUCGCUACGGCUAA